GAAGUGCUCGGAGCUGAUAACACAGGCAUAACUUCGCGCAUGGAAAUUUUUAAAUAUGGACGAUUUGUUUAGUGUAUUCGACGAGGUUCAAAAACCCACGUCUAAAAUAUACACCACAGUAGCAACCAAUUCAGGGACAACCUCGGACGAAACUGCAGCUGCUGACAAAGCCAGCAAUUCAGACGACUUCGUUGAAGCGGUUAUUGGUGGCAAGCGGCCAAUAGACAACGAAUUCGAGGAGGAGUCCCACAAGAAACUGAAAGCGUCGAAUAUUUGGGAUGACAUCAACCCUGACGAUUAUGUUCCACGCGUGAGGGUACAUACUUUAGAUACAGCUGAAGCAUGUGUUCACGAAGUGGCUGUCCCAGAAGACGUCGAGUUUGUUCCCUUGCGAGUCGGCGAGAAUCCGCCAGUGCGAGAGUACCCCUUUAUUUUAGAUCCCUUUCAAAAAGAAGCAAUAGCCUGCUUGGAAAACAACCAGAGUGUACUUGUGUCAGCCCACACGUCUGCAGGAAAAACAGUUGUUGCAGAGUAUGCAGUCGCACUAGCAUUUCAGGAGAAACAAAGGGUCAUAUAUACGACACCUAUCAAAGCCCUCAGCAACCAGAAAUACAGAGAAUUCAACGAUGACUUCAAAGACGUUGGCCUUAUGACUGGUGAUGUCACCAUCAAUCCAAAUGCCAGUUGCCUCAUUAUGACAACGGAGAUUCUUCGGAGCAUGCUGUACAAAGGCUCUGAGGUGAUGCGAGAAGUUGGUUGGGUGAUUUUCGACGAGAUCCACUACAUGAGAGACAAGGAACGUGGUGUGGUGUGGGAAGAAACCAUCAUCCUUUUGCCGGACAAUGUUCACUACGUCUUUCUCUCUGCUACUAUUCCAAAUGCACGGCAGUUUGCGGAGUGGAUCUGUCACUUGCAUAAACAGCCAUGUCAUGUAGUGUACACAGAAUACAGACCUGUACCGCUUCAACAUUAUAUCUUCCCGGCUGGUGGGGACGGGCUCCAUCUUGUUGUCGACGAAAGUGGUACAUUCAAAGAAGAGAACUUUAACGCUGCCAUGACGGUGCUGCAGAAUGCCGGAGAUGCAGCUAAGGGGGACUCUGCAAUGAAAGGAAGACGGGGAGGCUUCAAAGGUGAAUCUAACUGCUACAAAAUCGUAAAGAUGAUCAUGGAACGUGAUUAUGCCCCCGUGAUUGUGUUCAGCUUCAGCAAGAAGGAGUGCGAAGCAUACGCGACUCAAAUGGCAAAGAUCGACUUGACGACAUAUAACGAGAAGAAGCUGGUGGAGGAGGUCUUCAACAAUGCGAUGGAUUCCUUAUCAGAAGAAGAUCAGAAGCUACCACAGGUUGAGCAUGUGCUUCCGCUGCUGAAGCGCGGAAUAGCUAUUCACCACUCAGGCCUUCUCCCUAUCUUGAAAGAGACUAUAGAGAUUCUGUUUGCUGAGGGACUAAUCAAGGCCCUCUUUGCAACCGAAACCUUUGCCAUGGGUUUGAACAUGCCUGCCCGAACAGUACUCUUCACAAAUGCAAGGAAGUUCGACGGCAAGGACUUCAGAUGGGUCACAUCAGGAGAGUACAUUCAGAUGAGUGGACGUGCUGGCCGCCGUGGUCUUGAUGACCGUGGUAUAGUCAUCCUCAUGAUUGACGAGAAAAUGAGCCCUGCAGCUUGCAAAGAUGUUGUCAAGGGCCUGCCAGAUCCCAUCAACAGUGCUUUCCACCUUACCUACAACAUGGUGCUCAACUUGAUGCGUGUCGAAGAAGUCAACCCGGAAUACAUGCUGGAGAGAUCAUUCUUCCAGUUUCAAAACAACGCUUCCAUCCCACAAUACUAUGAAAAGCUACAGAAGCUGCAGGCUCAGCACGACAGCAUAACCCUGGCUAAGGAAAGUGAAGUGGCUUCAUACUACAAAAUACGACAACAGUUGGCUUCACUGGCGAAAGAGCUACAAGGAUUCAUUUCAAAACCACAGUACUGCAUUCCGUUCUUGCAACCGGGACGGAUGGUUCGAAUCGACAAUGGUAUCCAUGACUUUGGCUGGGGCAUCGUCAUAUCCUACCAGAAGAAAAGAAUAACAAACACGAAGGGGCAGCCCGCAGAACUUGACUCAACUGUGAUGGUGGAUACAUUGCUGUAUCUCUCGAAGGAAAGUGCCCAGACGAAACUGACCUCCCAAAUGAGGCCACCACCUGUGGGGGAAAAGGGGGAAAUGCAGGUUGUUCCUGUUCGGAUAGAAAAUGUAUGCCAAUUGAGUUCAGUGAGGCUGUACUUCCAUCAAGACCUCAGAUCCAUAGACAACAGGAUGGCAGUGUACAAAUCUAUAUUAGAAGUUGAGAAAAGAUUUCCUAAAGGUGUGCCUUUAAUUGAUCCCAUAGAGGACAUGGGAAUAAAAGAUAGCACAUUAAAGGAUGCGGUGAAGAAAAUAGAGGCUUUUGAGAGCAGAAUGUAUGCCCAUCCUCUACACAAGAGCCCCGACCUAGAGGCACUGUACUCUCAGUACGAGAAGAAAAUGCAGAUAAUGAAAGAGAUCAAAGAGGUGAAGACAGACUUAAAAAAAGCAAGGUCCUUGCUUCAAAUGGAAGAGCUGAAGAACAGAAAGCGUGUCCUCAGGAGGCUAGGGUACUGCACAGCCGCAGACGUCAUGGAGAUCAAGGGGAGGGUCGCUUGCGAGAUCAGCAGUGCGGAUGAGUUGCUCAUCACGGAAAUGAUAUUCAACAACCUCUUCAACAACCUGAACUGCCAUCAAGCGACAGCCCUUCUUGGGUGUCUCGUGUUUCAAGAAAAAUCCAACGAAAUGCCGAACCUCACGGAAGAACUUUCAGGGCCGCUCAGACAAAUGCAGGACAUAGCGAGGAGGAUAGCCAGGGUGACAAAAGAUGCCAAGCUGGGUAUAGAUGAAGACAAGUACAUCGAGUCAUUCAAGCCUCAUCUCAUGGAUGUCAUUUAUUCCUGGUCAAAGGGAGCCUCCUUCGCUCAAGUUUGCCGGAUGACUGAUGUCUUUGAAGGGAGCAUUAUUCGCUGCAUGAGAAGAUUAGAAGAGCUGCUUCGACAAAUGGUUCAGGCUGCAAAGUGUAUUGGCAACACUGAACUGGAGAACAAGUUCUCCGAAUCCAUCAAACUCAUAAAGAGGGACAUUGUGUUUGCAGCCAGUUUGUAUCUAUAGAGCCACACACAUGAAAUCUACUGUGAAUAAAGUUCAUAUUCAUUUGA